AUCCAGAGGGGGAGGACUCUGCUUUGCCUUCCCGCCUCGCUGAUGUUGAAGGAAAAAGAGAGCGAGAGAGAAAGAGAGAGAGAGAGAGAGAGAGAGAGAGAUUUGUGCUGGUGCGCUCGAGUUCCCAACUUCGUGCAGGAAGCAGCGCGAGCGCGCUUAACGCAGAGCGCGAGCUGUGCGGGGGAGAAACGGAAGACACGAGCGAUUUAAAGUGCGGGAUUAAUCUCGGAAAUGUGAAGUGUGUGUUCUGAUCACGGGAUGCGCGAUAUGUCCCACAACAUUACUACUUGCUUAGCGUUUGCAGCCCUAAACUGCUCUUCUGUGCAGACCCUGCAUUAGACGCGCUUGGCGGUGAAACACGGCGUUUCCUCAGAACUGACUGUCAGUUUCGUUGGUUGUUCGGCCUCUUGGUCAGAGUGACAUGAGUGUGAGAAACCCGCACCGUUCCACACUCUUGUGUUGGGGUCUGUCUGUGCUCCUCAUGCAGUCCAUCAGCUCGCAUCCCGCUGCACCACCAAGAACGAAACAUGGAAGAAUGUCAAAUCAGAGAGAGAAGAGAGCGGCAGGAGAACCCUACUGGGCAUAUUCGGGGAUCCAUGGGCCAUGGAGAUGGGCAUCAAUGUACCCUGAGUGUGGGGAAAGAAACCAGUCACCUGUCAACAUCCCAGAUGAAGAUGCACUGGUUUCUCAGGAGUACCAGGAGCUCACCCUGGAGGGCUUUGCAGUCAAGUCAUCUAACAAAACCUCCAUGAAGAACACAGGCAAAACAGUCUCCAUUCUUUUGAAGAAUGACUACUUUGUGAGAGGAGCAGGUCUACCUGGGCGGUUCAAGGCAGAGAAAGUGGAGUUUCACUGGGGCCACAGCAAUGGAUCAGCCGGCUCAGAGCACAGCAUUAAUGGAAAGCGGUUUCCAGUUGAGAUGCAGAUUUUCUUCUAUAAUUCAGAUGACUUUGACAGUCUCAACACUGCAAUAAAGGAGAGGAGAAUCAUCGCUGCCAUGGCUAUCUUCUUCCAGGUGGGAAAGAAGAACAAUGUGGCUGCUGAGCCCAUCAUCUCUGGUCUCAAACGGGUUGUUCAUCAUGAGAAGGAGACGAAUCUUGCACCUUUCGUCCUAAGGGACCUGCUACCGUCCUCUUUGGGGAGUUACUAUCGUUACACUGGCUCCUUGACUACUCCUCCAUGUAGUAAAGUUGUGGAAUGGAUCAUCCUCAGUCGACCUGUUUACCUCUCCUACCAUCAGUUGGAAGCAUUCUACUCUAUCUUUACCACUGAGCAGCAGGAUCAUGUGAAGUCAGUGGAGUACCUCAGAAACAACUAUCGGCCCACUCAAGAUCUGCACAACCGACUUGUCUUCAAAUCAGCAGUGAAGGAUGCCUGGCUUCCAGACCCCAUGACUGAUGGGCAUGGUAGCUCUACAGACACAGAGCCCUCCAGAGUCUGCAGCAGCAUUCCUGACAACAUGAAGGUCCGUCCUCUGAACCGAACAGCAAUGGUGCUGACCUGGGAUCGCCCUUCCACUAUCUACCACCCACCUCUUGUGGGCUUCCUUGUCACCUACAGCUGGGUUAAGGAUGACGUGACCAUUGAGAAGAUGUUUACCCAGAGCAGCGAGCACCACACUCGGGCAGUGAUCACACACAUGUCCCCAGAUGCUCUGUAUCUCUUUAGGGUGCAGGCCUUGUGCCAGAGAGACCAGCGCAGUGACUUUAGCCAAACACUUUUAUUCAAAGCAAAUACUACAAGGAUAUUUGAAGGGACAAGAAUUAUAAAAACUGGAAUGCCCACUGUGUCUUCCUCUUCAGACAUGGCACCUAUUAGCUCUGGCUCCUCUACAUGGUCAUCUUCUGGUCUCCCUUUUUCCUUUGUGUCCAUUGCAACAGGCAUGGGACCUCCAUCCAGUGGGGGGCAGACCACAAUGGCAUCUCUGGUCACCAGCACACUGCUGGCUGGCCUUGGCUUCAGUGGUGGUGUGAUUUCCUCCCUCCCUGGAUCCCUCUGGCCCACCCAUUCUCCUAGCUCAGGUCCUGCACCAACACGACAACCAGCCUCUCCUACAUUUGAGACCACCCAAAAUGGGAACAAUCCUCUCCCCUCAGAAGAGGGAGAAAUAACUGACGAGUUGGAUAAGGAAGAGCACAAACAAGAAGAAGAUGAGGAGGAUGAUAAUGAGGAAGAUAGGGUGGAGGAAAAGAAAAAGAAAGAAAAAAAUAUGACAGAAAACGAGAAGAAACAAGAGCAGGCCACAUUUCAAGAACCAGCUUCUUCUGUUUCACCAUCUAGAGAGAGAGGGCGAGAAGGCGGACUUGCAAAUACUGGAGUCUCCAUAGUAGUACCUAUAGCCCCAGAGGAGAAAAUCUAUACUGUUACUCUAAGACCUUCAGGAGGCUUGAGCCAAACAACUUGGCUGCAAGAAAAUUACACAACAGAUAUGCAGCUUGCCAGCAGCCCCACACAAGCCACAAAACUUACCAAUAAAGAGAAAAGCAGCCAGCCUGUCUAUAUCCACACUGAUCAGAACAGCAUAUCCACGGUGUCCAGGGAUCCCGCAUCCUCAGCAAACAGGAUGGAAUGGAUUAUCCCUUUAAUGGUGGUAUCGGCUCUUACGCUCCUCUGCUUAAUCAUCCUGCUAGCUGUCCUGGUCUACUGGAGGAUGAAUAGCAUCUGCUCUUUGCUCUGCAUUAGUUACAGGAAGUUUUUCCAGACUACUCAUAUGUACACAGAGGACAGAAACUCCCCUCAAGUGAUUCACAAUGAGAGCUUAACUGGAUUCUUAAUACCUGAUGAUCGGGAAGCACUCUCAGUCAGACAGUUCAUCAAACAUGUAAUGGAGCUCUAUUCUAAUAACCAACAGGGCUUCGCUCAAGAAUUUAAUGAUAUUCAGCAUUCUGUGAGUGAUAUAGAGAUAACAGCAGAGCACUCGAACCACCCAGACAACAAGCAUAAAAACAGAUACAUCAACAUAGUGGCCUAUGAUCAUAGCAGAGUGAAGUUGCAACCGUUGGCAGGAAAAGAUUCCAAACACACUGACUACAUCAACGCAAACUAUGUCAAUGGUUGUAACAAACCAAGGGCAUAUAUUGCUGCUCAGGGGCCACUGAAGUCUACCUUUGAAGACUUCUGGAGAAUGAUCUGGGAACAAAACAUCAGUGUAAUUGUCAUGAUCACCAAUCUGGUGGAGCAGGGCAGAAGAAAAUGUGAUCAGUACUGGCCCUCAGAGAACACUGAAGAGUAUGGAAGUAUAGUAGUGACACUGAAGAGCACUAAGAUGCAUGCUUGGUACACACUUCGCCACUUUCUCAUACGCAACACCAGAGUAACAAAGAGUCAAAAGGGAAGACAGACUGAGAGAUUAGUGGUUCAGUAUCACUACACUCAGUGGCCAGACAUGGGUGUGCCUGAGUACACACUACCAGUUCUCACAUUCAUCUCCAGAUCGUCUGCAGCACGUGCUCCAAAAUCUGGCCCUGUGCUAGUGCACUGCAGUGCUGGCGUUGGGAGGACAGGCACAUAUAUUGUGAUCGACAGCAUGCUCCAGCAGAUAAAGGAUAAAGGAACGGUGAAUGUCAUGGGCUUUCUCAAACACAUCCGCACCCAGCGCAAUUACCUCGUCCAGACAGAGGAGCAGUAUGUGUUCAUCCAUGAUGCUCUGAUGGAGGCAGUGCUCGGUAAAAAUACUGAAGUUCCUGCCUGGAAGCUCCACAACUAUGUAAACAGCAUCCUCACCCCUAGUCCUUCUGGCACCACUCACAUGGAGAAGCAGUUUAAGCUGGUGAUGCAGUGUGACAUCCAGAAGUGCUUCAGCGCCCAGAAAGACUGCAACAAAGAGAAGAACCGAAACUCCUCAGUGGUGCCGUCUGAGCAAGCUCGGGUCCCGCUUUCUCCUCUCCGUGGAAUGAAGGGCACGGAGUACAUCAAUGCCUCUUACAUUACGGGUUACUACAGAAGCAAUGAGUUCAUUAUUACCCAGCAUCCUUUGCCUCACACAACCAUGGACUUCUGGAGGAUGAUCUGGGAUCACAAUGUUCAAGUCAUCAUCAUGCUGCCAGAUAAUCUCAGUCUAACCGAAGACGAGUUUGUGUACUGGCCCAGCAGAGAAGAGCCCAUGAACUGUGCAGCAUUUACCGUAACCCUCAUUAACACUGACAAACUGUGUCUGUGUAAUGAAGAGCAGAUCAUCAUCCAUGACUUUAUCCUCGAGGCCACACAAGAUGACUAUGUACUUGAAGUUCGCCAUUUUCAGUGUCCAAACUGGCCUGAUCUCACUGGUCCUGUUAGCAACACAUUUGAGCUCAUCAACAUCAUCAAAGAGGAGGCCAUGACCAGAGAUGGUCCUACUAUUGUACAUGAUGAGUUUGGAGGUGUUUCUGCAGGGAUGCUGUGUGCUCUCACCACCCUGUGUCAGCAGCUGGAGAGUGAGAGUGCUGUGGACGUCUACCAGGUGGCCAAGAUGAUCAAUCUCAUGCGUCCAGGGGUCUUCACAGACAUCGAGCAUUAUCAGUAUCUUUACAAAGCAAUGCUCAGCCUGGUUGGUAGUACAGACAGUGGAAUUUUCUCUUCCUGUAUGGACAGACAUGGGAGGAUUCUGAAUACGGAUAAAGCCAAUCCAGCGGAGAGCAUGGAGUCUCUGGUGUGAAGGUUCCGGAAAACAAGAAGGGACGAGUUUGUUUGGCAGACUUUCCUUGAGGCCUUUAUUUUUGCCAGACUCGCUGAUAAAGUAAAAAAAAAAAGUCUAAAGACUUUUUGUAUACUGAUGAAAAAUUCUUUUGAUAUUUAUUUUUGCUGCUUUUUGUUAUCCUGCUGAGUGUCACAACUUAUUCUUCAACACACCUACAAACAACAAUGCAGCUGUCUACUUUGCACUAUAUUGUCAGUGUUACUGCCUGAUGCCUAGAUGAUUUCCACCCACUCUGGCCAUUGAGCUCGUUGUUUUAUUGGAAGGACAAUAAGCAGUGAAACUGGACUGAAAACAACCGCAAGUCAGCA